GGUAAUCAAUCUCUGACAAUCUCAUCCUCGUACCGCAUUUGCUAUAACCGGGAUUUCUGACCCACAUGGUUUCUCGAAUCUUCGGUUGGUUUGUCAUUAUGGGUGUACAAGUGUCCUGCUAGUGAUCCGUGUGGGAGAGAAGAGGGGAAGAAGCAGCAUCAGGAGAAAGGAGUCGCUUUCCAAGCUUAAAUAUAAAAUAGAGCUCGGCGACUGCGGCAUUUGCUAAUCGACAUCAUAAUCUGCUGAUACUGCAUCCAUCUAAGUUCUUGACCAACAAUCGCUGCUUAUCAUCUCACUGCGACAAGCAUUCUCCGUGCGGCAUUUAGCACGUCAACAUCUGUCACAAUGGCACCAUUCGGAACUAUUUACACCUAUCCUAACAACCCUCGGGUUAUGAAGGUCCAAGCGGCUGCCCGUCUCAAUGGACUCGAGAUUACUGAGGCGCCCAACUUCGAGAUGGGCAAGACGAACCGCGAACCCGAAUUUCUGGCCAAGUUCCCAUUGGGCAAGGUCCCCGCGCUGGCCUGCUCUGAUGGAUUCAACGUCUGGGAGUCCGAUGCUAUUGCUCGGUACGUCGCAGAGAGCGGACCCCGUGCCGCUCAGCUGGUUGGCUCUAACCCGGCUGAACGAGCACUCAUCCAACAAUGGAUUUCAUUUUCCAACGGCGAGGCUCUGGACCCGGUUACACAGCUAGUCCUGCCGCGGAUUGGACUACGUCCAUUCGACGCUUCUAUCGAGGAGCGCAACCUUGAGAGACUGACGCGCUCGCUGGACUGCGUCGAGAAGCAUCUUCAGAACCGGACGUGGUUGGCUACAGAGCAGCUCAGUCUGGCAGACCUCACACUCGCAGCGGCGUUCUAUUGGGGAUUCUCCAUGGUGAUCGACGCAGAGAUGCGUGCUAAGUACCCCAAGACCGUUGAGUGGUAUAAGAAGGUGCUGGGCAGCGAAGGUGUCAAGGAAGCAUUCCCUGAGCAAACCAUGAUCGAAAAGCGCAAGCAGCCGUAGAUUCCCUCGUCAUGAUCCCCGGGGUGAAACGCGGAGAAACCGAAAUGAGAUCAUUGGCAUGAUCAAGUUUAGUUUAGCCAGGA